GGAGGACACGACACACCAACCCCGACACCAGCAUCAAGAGGCAUACACACUGACCCACAAACACUGAUGGCGACACAUACAUUGCCAGGUGGGGACACUCACUAACACAGAUACACACUUCUCUAUGCUCACACAUACAUUCUGACAAGUCUGCACUGAUGGGCAGAGACCUAAACCAACACAGAAACUCACUCUGACCACAAGGGAACCAGACGGAGGCUCAGACACUUUCCAGAAACAAAUCGUGGGGCUACAGCCAAGCAGCCCUCGGGGAGGACCAGGCCUGACUUUAUCCUUGGGCCAUGGGCCAAGGAGGUCUCCUUCUCCUCCUCCUCUUCCUUCUUACCUCCCAAGUAGGGGCAGUUAUGGACCUCACACUGCUGGCAGACCUCCGCCUCACAGACCCCCAACGCUUUUUUCUGACCUGUGUAUCUGGAGAGCCUGGGGCAGGGCGGGGCCUAGAGGUCUGGGACCCUCCACUGCUUCUAGAGAAGGAUGACCGCAUCGUUCGGACCUUCCCACCACGCCAACCCCUACAUUCUACAAGAAAUGGAUCUCGUCACAUCACCCUUCGGGGCUUCUCCCAGCCCUCUGACCUCGUGGGUGUGUUUUCCUGCAUUGGUGGAGCCAGGCGAACACGUGUGAUCUAUGUACACAACAGUCCUGGGGCCCACCUGCUCCCAGACAAGGUGACUCACACCGUGAGUGUUGGGGACACAGUUGCGCUGUCUGCUCGAAUCUGCACAGAAAAGCAGGAAGACGUGAUCUGGAAGAGUAAUGGCUCCUACUUCCACACCUUGGACUGGCACGAGGCCCAGGAUGGGAAAUUCACGUUGGAGUUUCCAAACCUGAGGGUCUCCGAUGGGGGCAUCUACAGUGCCACCUAUUUGCAAGGCAACCCCCUGGCCAGUGCCUUCUUCAGGGUCAUUGUCAGAGGUUGCAGUGCAGGGCGAUGGGGGCCAGGCUGUGCCAGGGACUGUCCCAACUGCCUUCAUGGUGGCAUUUGCCAUGACCAGAAUGGCGAGUGUGUGUGCCCCCCUGGCUUCACAGGCACCCGUUGCGAGCAGGCCUGCAGAGAGGGCCGAUUUGGUCAAGGCUGUCAACAGCAGUGUCCAGGUACAUCCGGCUGCCGGGGACUGACCUUCUGCCUCCCAGACCCCUAUGGCUGCUCGUGUGGGGCUGGUUGGGGUGGUGGCCAGUGCCAAGAAGCCUGCUCCCCUGGCUGGUUUGGGGCCUCCUGUGCCCUGCAGUGUCAAUGCCAGAAUGGAGGCACCUGUGACCGCUUCAGUGGCUGUGUCUGCCCCUCAGGAUGGCAUGGGGAGCACUGUGAGAAAUCAGACCGAAUCCCAGAGAUCGUGAACAUGGCCUCAGAGCUGGACUUCAACGUGGGAGCCAUGCCCGUGGUCAGGUGUGCAGCCACAGGGAACCCACCCCCUGUACGGGGCAACAUGGAGCUACGAAGACCCGAUGGCACCGUCUUUAUGCCAUCAAAGGCCAUCAUGGAAGUGGACAAGACCACUUCAGAGUUCCAAGUGCCACCUGUGAGCCCCACAGACCAUGGCCUGUGGGAGUGUCGAGUGUCUACAUCUGGUGGCCAGGACAGUAGGCACUUCAAGGUCAACAUCAAAGUCCCUCCAGUGCCCCUGGCCCCACCAAGGCUCCUGGCUCGCCUCAGUCGCCAACUUGUAGUCUCCCCGUUGGCGCUGUUCUCAGGCGAUGGGCCUAUCUCAUCAGUGCGCCUACGCUACCGGCCUCAGGAUAGCUCUGCAGCCUGGUCCACCAUUGUGGUGGACCCCGGUGAGAACGUGACCCUGAUGAACCUCCGUCCUCAGACGGGGUACAGCGUUCUGGUGCAGCUGAGCCGCCCAGGAGAAGGGGGUGAGGGAGCCUGGGGGCCACCCUCCAUCAUGGCCACUGACUGUCUUGAGCCCACGCUGCGACCUUGGCUGGAGGACUGGCAUGUGGAGGCCCCAGACUGGCUUCGAGUGACCUGGUCCUUGCCUGCUGUGCCUGGUCCCCUGGUGGGAGAUGGGUUCCUAUUACGCCUGUGGGACCCAGUACGGGGUCACGAGCUGCACAAGAAUGUCACGUCCCCCCAAGCACGCACCGCUAAGCUGAAUGGCCUCGUGCCCGGCACCUCCUACCAGCUGGAAGUGCAGCUCUAUCAUUGCACACGCCUGGGCCCCCCUUCCCCACCAACACGUGUGCUCCUGCCCCCCACUGGUCCCCCAGCUCCAAGGCUGCUCCGAGCUGAGGCCCUGUCGGACUCAGCUAUCCGGCUGACCUGGCAACGUCCCGAAACUCCAGCUGGGGCCAUUGCCAAGUACAUUGUGGAGCUGCAGGCAGUCGGGGGCUCCGGGGAGCCAUUGUGGAUAGACACAGAAGGAGCAGAGGAGAGCACGGUCAUCCAGAGCCUCAACGCUAGCACGUGCUACCAUUUCCGGGUUCGAGCCAGUGCUCAGGGCCCAGGAGAUUGGAGCGAAGCAGUACAGGAGACGACGCUGGGUAACGGGCUGGAGAACGAGGGCCCGGCCCAGCCCAGCAGAACAGCAAGCCCUGGCCUAGACCAGCAGCUGGUGCUGGCCGUUGUGGGCUCCGUAUCAGCCACCUGCCUCACCAUUCUGGCUGCCCUGCUGGCCCUGGUCUGUAUCCGCAAAAGCUGCCUUCAUCGAAGACGGACCUUCACGUACCAGUCAGGCUCGGGGGAAGAGACCGUCCUUCAGUUCAGCUCUGGGACACUGACCUUGACUCGCCGUCCAAAGCCACAGCCGGAGCCUUUGAACUACCCCGUGCUGGAGUGGGAUGACAUCACCUUCGAGGACCUCAUUGGGGAGGGUAACUUCGGGCAGGUCCUCCGCGCCAUGAUCAAGAAGGAUGGGCUCCAGAUGAAUGCAGCUGUCAAGAUGCUGAAAGAGUUUGCCUCAGAAAAUGACCAUCGUGACUUUGCCGGAGAAUUGGAAGUGCUGUGUAAGCUCGGACACCACCCAAAUAUUAUCAACCUGCUGGGAGCCUGUGAGAACAGAGGGUACCUGUACAUCGCCAUUGAGUACGCCCCCUAUGGGAACCUGCUAGACUUCCUUCGAAAGAGCCGCGUGCUGGAGACAGACCCCGCCUUCGCUCACGAGCAUGGCACUGCCUCCACUCUCACAUCCCAGCAACUGCUGCGCUUUGCCAGUGACGUUUCCAAGGGCAUGCAGUACCUGAGUGAGAAGCAGUUCAUCCACAGGGAUCUGGCAGCUAGGAAUGUGCUCGUGGGGGAGAAUUUGGCCUCCAAGAUUGCAGACUUUGGCCUGUCCCGGGGAGAGGAGGUCUACGUAAAGAAGACGAUGGGCCGGCUCCCUGUGCGCUGGAUGGCCAUCGAGUCCUUGAAUUAUAGUGUCUACACCACCAAAAGUGAUGUUUGGUCCUUUGGGGUUUUGCUCUGGGAGAUCGUAAGCCUUGGGGGCACACCGUACUGUGGAAUGACAUGUGCUGAACUCUAUGAGAAGCUGCCCCAGGGUUACCGGAUGGAGCAACCUCGAAAUUGUGAUGAUGAAGUGUACGAGCUGAUGCGCCAGUGCUGGAGGGAUCGUCCAUAUGAAAGGCCACCCUUUGCGCAGAUUUCUCUACAGCUUGGCCGCAUGUUAGAAGCCAGAAAGGCCUACGUGAACAUGGCACUAUUUGAAAACUUCACCUAUGCAGGUAUUGAUGCCACCGCAGAGGAGGCCUGAAAGUCUGGUGGGUCUGUCCUCCCUGCUGGUCCUUCAGCCCCCUGGUGGACAGAUGCACACAAGCCGACCUCAUCCAGCAUGAGCCCACAAAGCUCCUGUGAUCUGGGACCAAACCAGCCUCAGUGAAUGCUAUUUUUAAUUUGGCGAAUCGAAGGGGUACAGACGGUGGUGCCAGGGUCCCCAUGACAGCCCUGGAUAGCUCCUUCUGCCUUCCCCACAGUACACCUCCUCCUCCUCCAUUGAGUUAUUACUUGCCCUUCCCCUCUCUCACUGUAGUUACUCCUGUCCCUUGUGUAGAUACCUUCCCUCACAUAGCCCUGCUCCCUUUUAUGCCCUCAGUGGGCUAAAUAGGGCCAAUAAAACACUUGGUUUUGCCCCA